CCAAGAUGGCGACCAGUUUGAAAGGAAAACGAACCUCGAAGGCAAAGACGAAGGAAUUACCAUCACAAGAAGAUUCAUCUGAGAGUGAGAUAGAAACGGAGCCUGCUAAAGCGUUUCAUCGUCGUAUUUCAACAAACAAGGAAAUUAAAACAUCGGGAGGAAAACAGAGGUUGGCAUGUACCAAAGAAGGUUAUCUCAUGAAACAGACAAAUUUCCAGAGAUGGAAAAGAAGAUACUUCAAACUGAAGGGAAGAAAACUUUACUAUGCAAAAGAUACAAAGUCUGGUAUAUUUGAUGAAAUAGAGUUAACAGAUCUGAGUGUAGCAGAAUGUAGUACCAAAAAUAUUAACCACAGUUUCCAGGUUAUAACACCAUUCCGAAAUUUAGUACUGUGUGCAGAGAGUAGAAGAGAAAUGGAGGAGUGGAUAUCAGCCCUCAAAACUGCUGCAAAGAAAGAAUUUUAUGAUGGUAAUGCCAGCCAACGAGAAAUGAUGUCUGGUCAACAUAACUGGUAUGCCUGUUCACAUGCUCGCCCAACAUAUUGUAAUGUCUGUCGUGAAGCCCUUUCUGGUGUUACGUCCCAUGGUCUUUCAUGUGAAGUGUGCAAAUUUAAAGCUCACAAACGAUGUGCUGUGAAAGCUCAGAGUACAUGUAAGUGGACCACUUUAGCAGCUAUAGGUAAAGACAUUAUAGAAGAUGAAGAUGGGAUUUCCAUGCCACAUCAAUGGUUAGAAGGAAAUCUCCCGGUCAGUGCUAAAUGUACAGUCUGCGACAAAACUUGUGGUAGUGUACUUAAACUGCAGGACUGGAGAUGUCUCUGGUGUAAAGUCAUGGUACACUCAAAUUGUAAAGAAGAACUGUCAAGAAAAUGUCCACUUGGUCAGUGUAGAGUGUCUAUACUGCCACCUACAGCUAUUAAUAAUAUAGACUCCGAUGGAUACUGGGAAGCUACACGACCAAAUCGUACUAGUCCCUUACUUGUAUUUGUUAAUACAAAAUCUGGUGAUAAUCAGGGUGUAAAGUUUUUACGACGAUUUAAACAGCUUUUAAAUCCAGCUCAGGUUUUUGAUCUCAUGAAUGGUGGACCUCAUCCAGGACUAAGAUUAUUCCAGAAGUUUGAUCAGUUUAGAAUAUUAGUAUGUGGUGGUGAUGGUAGUGUUGGAUGGGUCUUAUCAGAAAUUGAUAAAUUAGAACUGCAUAAACAGUGUCAGAUAGGUGUUUUACCCUUUGGUACUGGUAAUGAUUUAGCCAGAGUACUAGGAUGGGGUUCAACAUUUGAUGCUGAAACACAACUGCCUGUGAUAUUAGAAAAACUAGAACAUUCACAAAUAAAAAUGUUAGAUAGAUGGAGUAUAUGGACAUAUGAGGGUACCAUGCCUCCACCUCGUAAACUGUCUCAGCAGUUUGAUCUAAUAUCUGUAUAUGAAGAUUCUGUUGCUAAUCAUCUUUCCAAAAUAUUACAUUCCGAGGAUCAUUCUGUUGUUAUAUCAUCUGCAAAAGUUUUAUGUGAAACAGUAAAAGAUUUUGUUGCCAAAGUAGGAGAAUCUUACAAGACUGAAGGCAAAGAAUCUGAUAUAUCUGAUAAAUGUAAUGUAUUAAAUGAAAAAUUAGAAAGUUUGCUCACAACGUUAGAAGAAGAAGCUCAAGCCUCUACUCAGGUACCAAAGAAGACAGAGCCUGAAGCUUGUAUAGGUUCUCCUGACAGAGAUAUAGUCCCAAAUGAAAUCACUACAAAUAUAACAAAUACCAAAUCUGCAAUAUUUAAACCAAGAGAUGCUUUAAUGUCCAGAGCCAAUAGUUUAAAGAAAGCUGUCCGACAAAUCAUUGAACAUACAGAGCGAGCUGUUGAUGAACAAAAUGCCCAAACACAACAGUUUCUUGAGAAUGAGUCCAGGUCUGUGGGAAGUACAGAAGAAUUGGACAAUAAUCAUACUGGGUCCUUGUUAGCUGAUAACCAUACCUCAAGGUCAGCUCCAUCAUUCUCAGUGUUUACUUCAGAGGAAAUGCCACCACGAUUCCAGUUAAAGGCCAGUAAAAUAGACACAUCACCAAAGAUAUUGCCUAUAUCGUCACGUAGAAUUAGUAGUAUGAGUACCUUAUCCAGUAUAGGUUCCAAUAUGUCUAAUAAAAGUUCCUCUAAAGAUAACAUUCCAAUGUCAUUAUUAGGGUUACCUAUAGUGGAUUAUGGUGCAUUACCUAGUCUUAGUAGUAGUAUAGCAGCUAAAUUAGCUGGUGGUAGUUUUAUAAGUAAAGUUCUAUUAGCUAAUGCUGAUGCUUUGUGUGCUGCAGCCUCUCCUUUGAUGGAGGAAGAGAUUCCAUCAAGGGAGUAUAUUGAAAAAUGUGUAAUGAAUAAUUAUUUUGGAAUUGGUUUAGAUGCAAAAAUUUCCUUAGAUUUUCAAAAUAAAAGAGAAGAACAUCCAGAAAAAUGCAGAAGUAGAACCAAAAAUUUUAUGUGGUAUGGCGUUCUGGGUGGAAAGGAAAUUUUACAGAGGACAUUCAAAAACUUAGAUCAACGAGUACAGUUAGAAUGUGAUGGACAGAAAAUUCCUCUGCCUAGUCUACAAGGCAUUGUAAUACUCAAUAUUCCAAGUUACAUGGGAGGUGCUAAUUUUUGGGGAGGAACAAAAGAAAAAGAUACAUUUCAAGCCCCAAGUUUUGAUGACAAGAUUUUAGAAGUUGUAGCAGUAUUUGGUGGUAUGCAGAUGGCAGUCUCCAGAGUAUUAGAUAUACAACAUCAUAGAAUUGCUCAGUGUAGAACAGUAAAGAUAACAAUAAUUGGUGAUGAAGCUGUUCCUGUACAAGUCGAUGGUGAGGCUUGGAACCAACCACCAGGCUAUAUCAGAAUUGUCCAUAAGAACAGAGCACAGAUGCUGACCAGGGACAGGGCAUUUGAGAAGACCUUAACCCAAUGGUCAGAGAAACAGAAAACAGAGAGACCACGGAGUCCUCAAGCCAUCCCUCUCUCUGAGGAAGAGUCAAUAGUUUUACAGAGCUUUGUAGAGGCAGCAUCCUCCCUUAUAAAGUGUGUGAAAGUAGUUUCCAGGAAGUACAGUGCUGUUGAAGAAGAUUUGUAUCCCCUAGCAACCCAGUCUUCAGAAUUCUUAGACAAUUUGUUUCCAUCAGGACGACUAGCUGAUCUUGAUACAGAUGAAACUGAAAUAAGCCAGCCAACAGUACGAAGUCAAGUAACAGAUUUUAUACGUAGUGUCCAACAUCUUUAUAAUGAUACCAAUGUCUUUCUUACUGAUAAAGCAGCUCUACUAAGACUAGAUUCAGAUGUGACGGAUCAGCUCAGUAUGUGUCUCGCUCAGUUAGAUAUAGAAUUACAGAAAAUUUGUCAGAUAUUUAACCUUCCAUUCCAUACACCAUCACCAUCCGUUUCUCAGGAAGAGCCUCUUACUCCCAGUAUAGAACAGAGUAAAAAAGGCAAACCUGGUAGAUUAAAGCAUGUAUAUAAUAAACUGAAAGGCAAGAGUAAAGACAAAGAUAGCAAAGUUAACAUUCCAGUUUCAUAUAAUGUAUACACUUGGACAACAGAUGAUGUGGGUUUGUGGUUAGAGUCCUUAUCACUAGUAGAGUACAGAGAUUCAUUUAUAGGGCAUGAAAUCAGGGGCACAGAACUCUUAUCCCUAGAUAAAGGGGACAUACAGGAUCUAGGAGUUCACAAAGUAGGCCAUUUGAAAAGAAUACAACAGGGGAUUAAGGAGUUAAAUAAUCGUAUGGCAGCUUUUGAGAAAUCAUCAUGACAAAAUAGUACAUAAUAGUUAAUGGUGUCAAGUCUAAUAUGUGUUAAUGUCCUGUAUGGAUAAUGUUCAGAUGUAACAUCAUAAGUGGCACUGUCUAUGUCUUGUCGCAUCAGUAUGCUACAUAUUUAUAUGUCACUUACAUCUUUUAAUUGCUGUAUUAAUUUACUAAGCACCAAAGUACUUAUUUAAAAAAAAAAAAAUCUACCUAGUGAAUGAUAGUAUUUGGCCAGAAAUUUGGGGAAGUUAAUUGUUGAAAAUUAAGAAGAUUCACAUUUUUGUUCAAAGAAGAUUCUGAAAGUUAAAUUUAAUUUAAUAAUGGAUGUAGCUUUUAUUCACAAUGUUACUGGGUUUUUGUAAGGGGCUCCUUCCAGAUGAAUAUACAUUGUUUCUGAAAUAUGGUUGUUACCAGUUGAAAGUGCUUAAAAGAUUUGAAAUUCUAAACUAGAAGUAGUACUUCAGAAUACUUAUUUGUUUUUUGUUGAGUAAUUCAGAAAAAAAAUACUUAAGGCUGUAUCUUCCAAUAUUUUGUCAGUACAGAUAGAUAUAUUUGUUUUGUCUGACUUUUAAAAUCGUAAGUGUGUUAAGGCAUUUAGAGCUACAAAAAAACUUGCAAUUGAAAUUUGUAUUGAUGUUGACAGUUUAAAUGGAUAAAAAAUUGAACUAUCAAACUUAAUGUCAAGAUUAUAUCAAUCACAUUUCUGUCUAAAAGUUUUUUAAAUCCCAUAGUCCUGAGAACAAGAUUCAAUCUUUAUAUAGUGAGUAAAAGUGUUAAAGAAGGGAUAGUAACAGGUGUACCAACUUCAGUUACUGUAUUGAGAUUAAGUAAUAGUACUUGUUUUCUCAUUGUAUAAUUAAAAAAAAAUGAUAAAACUGGACACUAUUAAAAAAAUUCCUCUUAAGAGGCAAAACUCAGCAUUGUAUUGACGUCAGCAUUUAUUGUAAAUGCUUUAAUAAAAUGUGUUUGUGCGUGACUUUAAUAAUUUUGUCCAUGUGUUAUGUGUAAAUUGUAUAUGAAAUGCAAAGACAUUUUUCUACUUUUUCAGAUAAUUGUCAUUUUUAAAUAGUAGCUAUUAAAUGUUAAAUAUUGUUGGGACCAAAGCAUUGUUUAUUUUUUGUACUAUUUUUUAUGAGUGAAAAUUAUUUACAUUCAACUGAGAAUUGAUCUUAUAAGGUUCAGUUAAAAAAUUACUGAGUGUUUGUCUUCUUUAAAUUUGAAAACUUAGAAUUUUAAGAAUUAAUUAGAAGAAAUUAAAAGAUGCUUUGUUUAUAUAUUUUUAAACAACAUGGACAAAUUUCAGAUUUCCAUCAUUUGCUGAGUUGUUCAUUAAUAAAAUCAUAUUGAAAUGAAUGUACUUGAAUUUAUAGUGUUGUUGUGUCAAGUGGCAGUCUUUAAUAAAACUAUUGCCAAACAGAUAACUUCUUUUAAUUAUACUCUUAAAAAAUUAUAGUUAACAUAUUGUUGCUUAUAGCUUGAAUAUAGUAUUUUUGAGUUUUUAUUUAACUUUGACAGUUAGCUUUUGAUGGCAAAAUUUUGUGUUUUUUUUUGUUUUUGCCCAUAUUCAGAAUGUACAUUUUGAUUUAUGACCCUUUGGAAAAAGUAAAUAUCUUCAUUGCUGAUAAAAAUGUAUUUGAUUUAAAGCUUAACCUUCAUUAUUAUAAAAGGAUGAUUCUUUGAGCAUAUCUUUUCUCUUAGUUUAUGAAAAUGUUGAAGAAUAGUCCUUACAAGUGAUCAAAAUUGAAUAUGAGUUUUGUUUCAUCUUCAAACAUGAUGAACAGAUUUUAUUCAUAUUACAGUCAGUUUGGCUGAUCUUGUUUGUCAAAUAAGUCUGUAUUUUUUGACAUAAGAUCAAAUGAAGUAUUGGAAUCACGAACCAGCAUUGUAAUUUAUAAAGACAAAAAUUAACAAUUUAUUUGAAUACAAACAACAAUAGACAUUUAAAAAUAUGAAGAAAAUGUCAUAUAAAGGCAUCAAUAGGAUGUGAAUGAAAAAAGGAUAUUUCCCUCUUUGUAUUAUCCAUGUCAUUUAACCUUUAAUCCUUGAGAAUGGUACUUUAUUAUUGAUCUCAUUUUAUUUUUGUAGCAUAGUAUAUAUGUCUGAUCAUUGUCAGACCAAAGAUUAUUAUUUAAUAUCUGUAAAUAUCUUUUGUUUGUAUAGAAGAGUUAUUUAUUUAUUUUUAUUUUUAUAAAAAUUGGUACACAAGAUGUGUUUUUUUUUUUUUCAUUUGCUUUGUUUUUGUUUGUUUGGGUUAAUUAUUUUAUUAAUAUCUCUUUUUAGCUCACCUGACCUAAAAGGUCAAGUGAGCUUUUCUCAUCACUUUGCGUCCGUCGUCCUGCGUCCGUCGUCCGUCGUCCGUAAACUUUUACAAAAAUCUUCUCCUCUGAAACUACUGGGCCAAAUUUGACCAAACUUGGCCACAAUCAUCAUUGGGGUAUCUAGUUUAAAAAAUGUGUCCGGUGACCCGGCCAACCAACCAAGAUGGCCGCCAUGGCUAAAAAUAGAACAUAGGGGUAAAAUGUAGAAUUUGGCUUAUAUCUCUGAAACCAAAGCAUUUAGAGCAAAUCUGACAUGGGGUAAAAUUGUUUAUUAGGUCAAGAUCUAUCUGCCCUGAAAUUUUCAGAUGAAUCGGACAACCCGUUGUUGGGUUGCUGCCCCUGAAUUGGUAAUUUUAAGGAAAUUUUGCCGUUUUUGGUUAUUAUCUUGAAUAUUAUUAUAGAUAGAGAUAAACUGUAAACAGCAAUAAUGUUCAGCAAAGUAAGAUCUACAAAUAAGUCAACUUGACCAAAAUGGUCAGUUGACCCCUUAAGGAGUAAUUGCCCUUUAUAGUCAGUUUUUAACCAUUUUUCGUAAAUUUUUGUAAUCCUUUACAAAAAUCUUCUCCUCUGAAAGUACUAAGACAAAUUUAACCAAACUUGUCCCCAAUCGUCCUUAGGGUAUCUAGUUUAAAAAAUGUGUCCGAUGACCCCGCCCGCGAACCAAGAUGGCCGACAUGGCUAAAAAAUAAUACAUAGGGUAAAAUGCAGUUUUUGGCUCAUAUCUCUGAAACCAAAGCAUUUAGAGCAAAUCUGAUGAGGAUAAAAUUGUUCAUUAGGUCAAGAUCUAUUUGCCCUGAAAUUUUCAGACCAAUCAGGCAACACGUUGUUGGGUUGCUGCCCCUGAAUUGGUAAUUUUAAGAAAAUUUUGCCGUUUUUGGUUAUUAUCUUGAAUAUUAUUAUAGAUAGAGAUAAACUGUAAACAGCAAUAAUGUACAGCAAAGUUAGAUCUACAAAUAAGUCAACAUGACCAAAAUUGUCAAUUGACCCCUUAAGGAGUUAUUGCCCUUUAUAGUCAAUUUUUUACAAUUUUCAUAAAUUUUGUAAAUUUUUGUAAAUUUUUACAAUAUAUUUUCCACUGUAACUACCGGGCCAAGUUCAUUAUAGAUAGAGAUAAUAGUAAGGAGAAAGAAUGUUCAGUAAAGUAAGAUCUACAAACACAUCACCAUCACCAAAACACAAUUUUGUCAUGAAUCCAUCUGUGUCCUUUGUUUAAUAUGCACUUAGACCAAGGUGAGCGACACAGGCUCUUUAGAGCCUCUAGUUUUAUUUAAAUAUUAUGAUUUGGUUAUUAUUGUAUGUUUUGUUUUGUCUUAAAUUAUGAAAUCAACCAAAGGGUUCAUUUGUACUUGAUUGCAAGGCACUUGCAGUUAUCUUGUGAUAUCAGUUUCUCAGGAACUCCACAGAUUUGUACACCAUUCUAUUAAAUAAACAUGUUGGUUUUGGAGAAGUAUCAAUGGUCCUUUUCAUAUCAUUAUUAAUGUACCGGUAUUCAUUGAUUUAUUUCAUUCUGUAUGCUUUAAAAGGAUUUUACAAUGGCAUAAUUUUCACCUUCAAAUUUUCAACUCACUUACUGAAUAUUGUUUUUAAAGUAUGGAGAAACUUUAAAGUGAGUCGAUAGAAUUUCAGAGGACAUGAUGUUACACAGUCAGUUGUGAGCAGUUUCCUUUAUUAUAACAUCGCAAGAAAGAAAUCUAACUGUUAUAAUGAUAACCGCUUAAAAUGUUUUUAAAAAAAGUAAUUAUUUUUCGAAUGAAACAAGACAAAUAUUUGUGUUUUCUGAGAUGCAACCAACACUUUCACUAAAUAUGGGAAAAAUUCUCCAAAACCAUAACUUGUAUCUUUAUUUUUCAAGGAUCUCAUCUUGCCAUUCAACAGGUUUCAAAAUCUUGAAAAUAAAGCUGUAUGACUGCCCUUAAAUAUGACUUUGUUUCAGAUUUUGAUCUGGAUGAUCAUACCAUAUCAUGGACUUCACCAUUUCUACCUAGAUUAUUUAGCGACAGCAGGCAACAAACUUAUUUCUUGAAAGACUUGAACUCUUAUGGUUUUGAGAAGUAGAAAAAAAGAUGUAUGGUUUCUGCACAUAGUUUUGUCUUUUUUAAAAUUAGACAAGAAAGUCCCCAAAGUGAAAAAAGCUCAAAUGGCAAUGGAUGUCUCUGUAUCCAUGCCAAAUUCUUUAAAACUGUUACCCUAAUUUUUGAAAGCUGUAAACAAUGAUUUGUCAGAACUGAGGAAUAAUCCAGGAAUCAGCUUUAAUGGAAGAUAUUAGGGAUUUGCUUAUGUGAAAGUGUCAUAUAAUAAUGAAUAUAAGACAGUAGUUUUGUACAACUAUAAAUUGUCCAUUUUGAUCAACUGACUUUAACCUGCAGAUGGCCAGUAAUUAUGUUAAGGAUAUAGGGCAAUGGUCCAAAGGUUAGUAAAAUAAUGGUCUUUUUUUUAGUCAAAUAUAUACAUAUAUAAUGUUUUAUAUAUAAUGUUUUGCAAUAGAAUAUUUUUUCUUGGUUCACACUAAACUUAAUAUUUGAAUUUUUGAUGGUAAUUAACAUAUCAAAUAGGUAAGAUCUCCUGGAAAAAGUGAAAAAAGAAGACUUGAAAAUAUGUUUCUGCAAUAGCUUCAAGUUUUGCUAUUGUUAGCUUCAAUUCCCAGAUUAUUUUUUUGUCAUUUAAUUAAUCAGUUUGACAAAAAUACUCAAACAAGUUGCAAUAAGUUCAUUUCAAAAAUCCAAAACAAAAAUGAACAAAACUCAAGAAAGGAUUAUGUGUGCUUAAUUCAAAUUAUCAGCAUUCCAUUUUACAGAUCAUGUCAAAUCAUUUUAACAAUGGGUUUUAAAUGCCCUCAAGCUGCAGGCCAGCUUUCAUACAUUAAAUAUAAAAAGUCAUGCUAGUAAUGUGAAUAUUUGUUAUUGAUUGGUAUCUAAUUGUGCUGAAGAUAUACACCAAUUUCAAGUUUGUCUGCCAUUGAAGGAAAUUUAAUGUUUUACACACAAUUUUUUUUAAGGGUCAUUACUGAAAACAUUUGACGCCACAAACCAAAGUUAUUGUUUAAUAAACAUAUUCAGUUCAACUAGUGCGAAGUUAAGAUCAGUUGAAGUGAAAUCCUUGAACUUGAAAUUGGUGUAUUGAAAAUACAUUCUUGCUGGUUCAAAAUUUGAAAUAUAAUAUACCUCAUUCAUGUAUAGUAACUACAUUUUGUCUAUGUUUAUAAGUCUGUAAAACAUGUGCUGUUGUCUGAUAUUGUGUAAUGCUUUUUGAUGUGUAUUUUUGUAAUGUAUCAAGUCUUGUAUGAAUUAAUCUUACAGUGGUCAUUAUUCUAAACAAAAGUAAAUCUAUGCAAUUGCAUGCAGGAACCUGUAUCCAUUUUUACCAGUUUAUCUUAGGCUGACAUACAGUUGAGCAUAAAAGUUUCAUGCAAAUUAUGCAUAUUUAUUUAGUUAUGUUUUAGAUUGUCAAUUAAUGAAUUUUCAUUAAAGAUUAAAAAUAAAUAGCAUUUUUCAAAAACAUUUAGCAAAUUGUCACAUGUUAGGUUUAUCCAUCCAUGUGCAUGAUUCACAUCACUAGUAGUAUUUCCUUAUGCCUCUUCAAAGAUAUUUGCGUGGAAUCACCAAUUAUGUUUGACCACUGAAAGAUUAGAAAAGAAAACUGUCCCUACUAUUUGUACAUAUGUUCUUUUUACCUAUGUCUUUCCAUACAGUUAUUUUCAUUGAGAACAAAUUUAUUGCCCUUGUUGAAUUUUAUAUAGGAAUACAGUUGAUAUGUCAGUAUAUCUUGAAGAAAUUUAUUUUGUCUUUUAUGGAUAGAUAAUUGUUUGAAAUGUCUUUAUUGCACUUGUAUGUGUGAAUGUAACUUUUAAGGAAAUUUUAUUUAAGUUGUUAAGCUAAUGGAUGGGGAAAAUAUUUCUUUGCAAAAUUAUAGUAUGGACAAGUUUUCAAUGCAAAUACACAUUAUAAAUUUUGGGCUUCCGAAGCAGUUUUCUGGAUUAACUUUCAUUAGGAAAGCUCAAACCGAAAUAUUUGAAAGCCAGGGAUGUAUAGAUACAUAUACUCUACCUUGAAAUAUGUGUGCUUAUUAAAACAGUCUUCAAAUGGGAACAGUCCUCUACAAACCUUUUUUUUUUUAUUUAAAUCAAUGGCAAUUUGUGUUUUUGUGUCCUACCUGAUAAAGACAAAAUAUUUCUCAAGAUACUAAGUAUGAUCUAUAGUAUGUGUUGCAGAAUACUCAUGUAAAAUUCUUAUAAAUGAUAUAUACAGUCAAACCUACCAGCAGAUAUAAUUCUCUAUGUACAUGUAUGCUCGACAAACACUGCUUUUCUUGAAUGUCAUUGAUGACUGUCAAAGUUUAACUUUCACAAAGGUCAGUUUCAUCAUACCGCAAGAUCGAACCAAACCUAGGUUAAAGUUUGUCCAUUCUAAAAUCAUUAGCAACCCUGCGUGUCAACUAGGAUGGACGUAAGAGCCUCUGCGUUACCAGAACAUUCCAAGCCUUUUAUAAGAUUUUGCUCUGCCAAAUAAAAUCAAAUUGGUGAAAUUCCUUUAAUGAUCAUCUUCCAAAUUUUGUAUGAUGGUUUCACCUAUUAUCUAAGAUGGCCUUCAGAGUAUUUUGUUUCAUCAUUUCUUCAACAUACUCUACUAAUUUUACCCAUAAAAGAUAUAGAAAUCCUUUCAGAAUCAUAUUAUUUGAUCAUGGGGGACUGUAUGGGUGGUAAUAACACCCUUCUAAUAUACAUACUGUAGAUCAUACAGAUGAUGUUGUGCAAGUUUAUAUUUGUUACAGAUAUUGUAUGAAAGAAAAGACACAGAUUUUCUACCUUUGUAUGAUAAUUGUUAAACCUUAGUGUUAAUAUUUUAAUAUAUUUUAUGCUUUUGAAACAUUUUCUACAAUAUUUUGUUGUUUUUUUUCACAGUUCAAGUUUAUGCAUUCAUCUAGUGUCAAACUGUGAUUUUUUUUAAUUAAAAAUCUGUAGACCCAUAAAUAUUGUUCCUUUCAAAAUGUCAUAAAAACAAUAAAAAUUUACAAGA